AUGGGUUGGUUCGGGCCGACCGGCUCAAGCAGGACUUGCUCAAGUGGGCGAAAGAGAUGCACGACAAGAAGUCUACGUAACAGUGGUUACUUGCAGGCUCGUUCCUGCACACACCACCAGCCUUCAAAAGUCGCGGCGCGUCUUUUUUCAUCAACCAUGCUUGAAGGAAAAUUUGACGAAGCGUCUCUCUUGAAAAAAAUCGUAGAUUCCAUCAAGGAUUGCGUCAAACUAUGCAAUUUCAACUGCACAGAACACGGAAUUACCGUGCAAGCGGUGGACGAUUCCAGAGUUUUGUUGGUUUCUUUGUUGGUGGGUCAAACCGCGUUCAGCGAGUAUCGUUGUGACCGCAAUAUUACAUUGGGAAUUGACUUGGAGAGUUUUUCCAAGAUUAUUCGAUGCGGAAACAACGAGGACUACUUGACGUUGUUGGCUGAGGACAAUCCCGACAACGUGAUGACGAUUUUCGAGGACAAGAAGAAGGAGAGGGUUAGUGAAUAUUCGUUGAAAUUGAUGGAUAUCGACUCGGAGUUCUUGAAAAUCGACGACAUGGAGUACGAUAGUGUGAUAAAUAUGCCCUCGAGCGAAUUUGCCAAGAUUGUUCGUGAUUUGAAGAAUUUGAGUGAAUCGUUGAACAUCAUUGUCACCAAGGAUUCGGUGAAAUUUACUUCCGAGGGUGAAAGCGGUACUGGAUCGGUGGUUUUGAAGCCAUACACCGACAUGGACCACCCUGAGGAGAGCAUCAACGUGAAUUUGGAGAAUCCUGUCGACUUGACGUUUGGAUUGAAGUACUUGAAUGAUAUUAUCAAGGCUACUAGUUUGUCGGGAUCCAUCAGCAUCAAGUUGGCCGACAAGACCCCAGCAUUGUUUGAAUACAAGUUGGACGCGGGCGGCUACUUGAGAUUCUACUUGGCACCCAAAUUCGAUGAAGAUGAUUAA